AUGUUUCUCAAUGUUUAUCUACAGGAUGGAGAAUAUUUUUUCUCACUGGAAUCGGUGAAAGUCCUUCAGCACCUGAUGGACAGCAGCUCUGUCUCCCAGCAGCAGAAUCUUCGUCUAGUCAAGACCAGCAAUGUUGCAGUUUGUGGGAACCCAACCAUGCCCCAGGAGUUUAUAGAGCUCUGUCAUCAAAGUGGCUCGUCCCUGGUCUUCUCCAGGCUAGCUGCAAUUCCUCCUUAUGUUUGUGAAAUCUGUGCUUUUGCUGACUGUCAGCCUGAUAAGCCUGCAGCAUCGCUAUGUUGUGCAGAGAUGCGACAGCCUGACCUGCUGCCAUGUAGGCUCUUUUCACAAGGGUUGAAGGAAGCCUACACAGCUUUGAGGGCAAAGAGGGUUUUCUCCAUGAUGCUGACAAUGAAGCUUCUGACAGUUUCUUUUCUUUUUGCAUCCUGCUUCCUGAGCUCACAAAGUAUAAUGGUUACGGACAGUGGGUUUAGCUUUACGCUGGAGGCUGUAAAGAUUCUGAAGCAGCUGAUGGGAGCCCUUGAAAAUGAAUAUCCUGAUCCUCCUGCAAGCACUCCAGAGCCUCUUUGUGUCAGCUUAGAUCUCCCAAAAGAGUUCCUGGAAGUGUGCCAGCGAGAUGACCAUGACAGAAUCUUUGCAAAUCUGGUUAAAAUCAUCACACCUCCCGACCCAUGCGAGAUCUGUGCCAAUGCCGCCUGCACUGGAUGUUUGUUCAACACGAUUCAACUCACCAGCUCUAUAUGAAAUAUGCUUUCAUCUUGUUUUGCUUUUUUCUUUAUGUGAUUACUUGUUUAAGUGUAUUUUUCUUCUCAGCUAUUUUUGUUGCUGUUUUAACCAGCACACCCCUAUGUGAGCAAAUAACUCCUCAAAUCUAUACUGGAAAUAAAUAAUUGUAUAAGAUGA